AUGGAGCGCACUGCCGCCGCCGUCGACCGGUGCGCCAUCUGCCUCGGCGACAUCCUCCGCGGCCAGGCCGUGUUCGUGGCCGAGUGCUCCCACAGCUUCCACCACCGCUGCAUCUCCGACAGCGUCGUGCACGGGAACCGCGACUGCCCGCUCUGCAAGGCCACGUGGCGCGACGUGCCGGCCGUCGACCCCGUCCCGCCGCAGCCGCCAGCCCGGAAGUACGCCGACGACGAGGAAACGGUGGCGCAGGGCGUUGUCCAGGCGGACGCGGACGCGGACGCCGCCGGCGUGGCUGCCGCCGACGCUGGAGACAUGGCGCUGAAGACGCACUGCGAGUUCCCUGCCGUCGCGAGGGACGCGUCCCACGACAACUUCGCCGUGCUCGUGCACGUCAGGGCGCCGGAGGCCGCUGCCGCGUCAGCCGACGCCGCGCGCGCCCCGCUCGACCUCGUGACGGUGCUCGACGUCAGCGGCAGCAUGCAGGGCAGCAAGCUGGCACUGCUGAAGCAGGCCAUGGGAUUCGUCAUCGACAACCUCGGCCCCGCCGACCGCCUCAGUAUCGUGUCAUUCUCGAACGACGCAAGCCGCGAGAUCCGGCUCACGCGGAUGUCAGGCGACGGGAAGGCCUCGGCAAAGGAAGCCGUGGAGUCCCUGGUUGCUGAUGGCAGCACGAACAUCUCCAGGGGCCUGCUCGUGGCAUCCGAGGUGCUCGCCGACCGCCGGUACCGGAACGCCGUGACUAGCGUCAUCCUUCUCUCCGAUGGCCAGGACAACCAGUCCGGUGUUGGUAGGAACCACCAGAACCUCGUGCCGCCUCUGUUCAGGGACGCCGACAGCAGGCCGGGGUCGAUCCACACCUUCGGCUUCGGCUCCGAUCACGACGCGGCGGCGAUGCACGCAAUCGCGGAGGUGGCGCGUGGCACGUUUUCCUUCGUCGAGAACCUGGCGGUCAUCCAGGACUCGUUCGCGCAGUGCAUCGGCGGGCUUCUCUCGGUCGUGGCGCAGAACGCGCGGAUCGCCGUGGACUGCGUGCCCCCGGGCGUGCGCGUCCGGCAGGUCAAAUCUGGGCGCUACGAGAGCAGCGUCGACGCCGAGGGACGCGCCGCCUCGGUGAACGUCGGCGAGCUCUACGCCGAGGAGGAGAGGCGCUUCUUGCUGUUCGUGGACGUGCCGAGAGCCGAAGCUUCGGAGGAUGUCACCCAGUUGGUUAGGGUGAGAUGCACAUACCGCAACGUCGUGACCGGGGCCACGGCCGCCGACGUCGUUGUCAGCGGCGACGCCGUGGUCCAGAGGCCGGUUGAGGUGUCAAACCCCGAAGUGUGCAUGGAAGUCGAGCGGGAACGCGUCCGCGUGGGCGCGGCGGAGGAGAUCGCCGCUGCACGGGCGGCGGCGGAGCGAGGAGCUUUCAGCGAGGCAGGAAGGAUACUCGAAUGCCAGCGCUAUAGCCUGCGGAAGUUGGCCCCGGGGAUGGCCAGGGACGAGAUGUGCCUGGCGCUGGAGGACGAGCUGGAAGAGCUUGUGGACUACAUGGUGGAAGAGAAAGAGUACGUGACAAAGGGACGCGCGCGUGUGCUCGAACGUAUUUCCUCGCACGCCUCUUAUGGUGCCUCUUAUGGUGGCGUUCCGCCCGGCGCGGCGCCGCGGGCGUACAGGACUCCGGCGAUGGAGAGCAUGCUGCACAAGUCGAAGAAGUCGCGUGAGAAGCAGUCAUCGCCGCCUCCGCCUACUAAGAGGAAGCAUGGCGGCUCAAAGUGA